AUGCGUGAGGGUGUGUCUGUCGACGGUACCGGGCAGAAGGACAAACGAACAAGACUGACGAACGACUCGACAAAGUUGAGAAGCGAGCUUAAACCGGAACCGCAAAAGUCAACCCACCCAGCAAGCCCGAGAAUGCGUGGAAGGGAAAACUGGUUUGGGGGUCGCAGGGCAUGCUACUUGACACCAGCAGCAGUAGUCUUGCCUUGUCCACCAGACAGGAUAUUGAUUUAA